AUGGCAACCCCCAAACCUUCAAAACGCUGCCUCCUAUGGGACUACACCAACACCCGCGACCGCCCAGACGCAAUCGAUCAACUCUUCACAACCACAUCACCAUCAGACUCUGCCAAUAAGCCCAUAGCAGCAGCAGGAGAAGCAACAGUACCGCUUACGGUCACCCCGUUCAAAUCCGUCCACAACUGGAACGCAUGGUACCCGCCCGAACUCAAGGGCCGGCUCCCCUUCCGGCCCAUGAUCCGCACGCGCGCGCAGCUGGACACGGAAGAGUGGGGCUGGAUCCGCGACUCCGACGCCGAGAUGGUCCACUACCUCAACGAACCGGAGCGGCAGGGGAUCUCGCCGGCGGACGCCGCGGCCUGGUGGCUGAACAAAGUCGUGCCCGAGUUGCGGGAGAAGAGGGGCAAGAAGCUUGUUGGGCCGGCGUGUGCUAGCGAUCCCGGGGGCGAGGCGUGGCUUGCGGAGUUUAUGACGAUUGUCUACGAGAACGAGAAAAAUAAGAAGAAGAAAAUGAGGCCAGAUUUCCUUGGGGUGCACUAUUACAGCGGCGAUGUCGAGCAUGCAAAGAGGUACUUGACGUCCAUGUACGAGCGGUACGGGCUGCCGCUCAACGUGUCGGAGAUUGCGUCUAUCAGUCGGGACCCGGGCGAGGUGGAGGCGUUUACGGAGGAACUGAGCGGGUGGAUGGACGAGAAGGAGUGGAUUGACGAGUAUGGGUGGUUUGGGUGUAUGGCACACUGCGCUGACGACUUUGUGAGUCCUGCGGCGCAGCUUAUGGAUGGGGAGGGGAGGUUUACGCCGCUCAUGAGGCGGUUGAUGGGGGUGUGA